AAUAUACUGUAAUAUAGCUUUAUUACUGUGAUAGGAAUAUUGAUUGAACAACAUUGCCUCUGCAUUUUAGAUAAUUUCUUUGUGAUUUAUCAAACUGCGGAAAGGGCAAUAUGGAUUUUGGAGUCAAAGAAUCAGAGUAUGUUUGGUUGAUUCGGAAAGUGAAGAAACACCCACGUCUAUUUUGCGUAAAUCGGAUGGAUGCUGAGCAGUACAGCUUUGAAGAUUUCGAUUUUGACGAGCCAGAGCCCAGCACGUCUUUUGACCAGAGCAGCGACUGGGAUUCCUCUGCAGACGUAACGCUGACGGAGGAUCGGUUGAAGGAAUCACAGACCGAAGAAACAAAAACUGCCUGUAAACAGUUGAAUCAUAUCAAGGAGAGGCAAGCCUCGAUUGAGAAGGCCGCAGAAGAAAGUAAAGAUGGCCCCAGGAACUAUGUAAGACUGGGAAGCAGUGGAAGAUCUGCGUUUAGAAGUGCAAAGGCUGUCCAAAGAUCAUCUUGGGCAGGGUCAAAGAGCAAAGCAUUUUUCACCCAUGGUAGGAGCAGGUCAUGGGACUUUGAGGAUUCAGGUAGUGGUGAUAUGAAAGAAUACGAAGAACCUGAUGUUGAUAAUGGCUUUGUAAGGACAGGUCAAGGUGGGACAGGAAAAGAUGGUCAGUCAGUUCGAGGUAUCCUUCAGAAUCGGGUUGGUGCAGUCAGCCAAAAUCAACGCCAGAGUAGUGACAGUAACAUCAAGGAACGGACUGAUCUAGAGCCUAUUGGGGAGCAGCGCCAGCAGGAGGAUAAAUUUAGUGUAAGAACUCGAAACAAUGUCCAUCAUGUCAGAUGGAGAGCAAACGCAUUGACAACAAAGCAUAUUUACAGGUCGAAUCCUCACAUAUACAAUGGAGGACCCAAACUUUUACAUUCAGCGAGUGUGGAUUCAUCACUCCCUCCAAACCAAUCUAGUCCAAUCCGUCCUGCGGGGCUCAUAGACCGCAAGGACCGCUACCAGUCCACUAUGCACGGUGAGCUCCACUCGCAGCGCACCUCAGAUGGCUUUGGCCCAGUCCUCCAGAAUAGACUACCUCACCAAAUGAAAGGCCAAAGCCUUGACAGCCUGCCAUCGGCAGCAGAGAGAAUCCGCUUAUUUGGUCCUAAAGACCUCAUCUACGACCUGAACACACAAGGUGGACAGCUUGAAUUGCCUUCCAGAAACUCUCCCUUGGACCUUGCCAGUAGUACAGACUCUGGGGUGAGUGUGUCAACAACUGUUGAAUCUCUGGAAUCUCUGGAGCCAGAGAUGGCUCGACAGCUCUUGAUGGACAUCCCCCCAGCCAGUCUCAGUCCUGCAGCCAGUAAGUUGAAGAGGAAGCCCAUUGUCUUACCAUCAGACAAUCCUGGUGCCCUGGACAAGGCACUUGGGAUUCCUCCAAGCGGAAGGCACGGGGACACCCAGACAGCCUUGGACAAGGUGCUGGGGCUACCUCCGAGUGGGAGACAGGCUGCUUCAGGAGAGAAAGGAUCAGGUGACAACCUUGGACAAGGAGAGAUGAAUGAAGUAAGACCAAGGCCAGCUUCUUAUCACUGGUAAGUACCUGCCCAGUCAGUUUUCAUUAAAAUCUUUAAAGUGUGUUGUGGAAUGCUUCCCAAGUCAACAAAAUCAAGAAUUAUUGAAGUUUUAUUGUGACAUACCAGCUGAAAUAUGAAAUCUUAGUCUUGCGAGAUGACUGUACUCUCUUUUCACUUCAUCAUUGAAAACAAAUGAUAAACAUGACUACAAAAAUAGAUUGAAAGAUUCAUUCUUUAUUAUAGCAAAAAAACAUAAAAAUGCAUUGUGAUCUAUGUAUGAUUUGCCAGAACUGGUAUUUAAGAAAAAUCUGCAAAUUAUAAGAUUUGAAGGCUUGGCUAGCAGCUCCAAAUAAAAUGUUCACAUGGAACACAAAAUCCAUGAAACCAAAAACAAAAACUGAAUCUCCCCCCCCCCUUGUUGGCCAAAGGUUUGAUGCCAAGCAAAACCAUGUGUGUCACAAAACUCAUGAGUUUUGAUGAAGGGAGGACAGUGACCAAUUAGAGACUGGUAAUAUCUCCAAGUUCGCCAUGAAAACUCCCCAUCUUAUGCCAGUCAUGUUCACAAACCACACCCAUUAGUUCACUUCCAAUACAGGAAUUGGUGGAGCUAAAGGCUUUUUUUUGGUUUGGUAUACUCUUUAUCAAAAGCAACAUUUCC